CUCUCUCUUAGUUUUUCUUGUUUCUAGCUUUGUAUACUGUGUCCUAGUGUUGCUUUGUUUUUGUUCAAUAUUUAUUGGUUGAUCUUUUACGUUAGCAAGUUCUAUAUCCAAACCCUAACCAGGAUACUAUGAAGGGAGUGGUCCUUUGCCACCCCUUGUUCGGGUGUUCUCUUGUUAAUACAAAUUAAAUCACGCACUAAAAGUGGUCCAAAACCUGCCAGACUCUCUUUUUAGUCCCUACUCUUAGAAAUUCAGAACGCUCCAAAAUGGCGUCAGUUACUUUAAUCGGCCAUCUUUAAUCAUUCCAAUCCAAUCCGAUUCGUUUAUAGCCGCAAUUCACACUGAAAAUUAAACGUUGCUAAGCGAGAGCGAGAAAAUAGCGACCCUCGAUCUCCGUUGUGAAUAUUAAGGGCCGAUUGUCCGACUUUAUUUCUGUUGAACAACUUUUUGGUUCGUUUAACUGGGGUUGGAUUAUCGCGAUAUGUAAAUGGUAAACUUAUUCUAAAUCUAAUGCACGCGAGUUGAUAUCCAGUGUGAAUAAUUCAAAUCCAGAGCGAUACAUUUCGUUGACACACUAAAUGCACACUUUAUUUAUGCAAAUUAAACCGGAGUACCUACCUAUAUAAAGGCUACGCCAAUUGCAAAAGGUAACAUUUUCGAAAAUGCGUUCUUUGAUUUUCGUUUUGUGUGCUCUGGCAGAGUUUUGCUACGCCAGUCAAAAUAAAAUAGUUGGCGGAACCGAUGCGGAAAGCGGAGCGUUCCCGUAUCAAGUUUCGUUGCGUAGAAGAGGGCGACAUUUCUGCGGGGGUUCAAUAAUCGGCGAUCGUUGGAUUUUAACGGCAGCCCAUUGCAUUUACAAGCAAAGCACCAAGGGUUUUACGGUUGUAGCUGGUUCCAACCUGCUAGAUUCUGGCGGCGCUUCUUACAAUGUCGAGGAACUUAUUCCCCACGAGGAGUACGAUCCGAAAACCAUUGCGAACGACAUCGGACUUAUCGAGUUGCACAGUCCCAUUGCUUUCAACGCUGGGGUAAGCAAAAUAGAGUUAUCUGAAGAAAAUGUUGCGGGUGACGUCGAAUUGGUUUUGACCGGAUGGGGAAUGACCAAGUAUCCCGGAGCGUCACCUAACAAGUUGCAAACUAUUAAAUUGGUGUCAAUCACGAAUGAUAAAUGCGCGAAGGAGCACCAAGACGAAGGGGAUGUUACAGAAACUAAUAUUUGUACUUUUACUAAGGAAGGCGAAGGUGCUUGCAAGGGUGACUCUGGAGGUCCGCUAGUUGCUUCUGGUAAGCAAGUCGGCGUGGUGUCAUGGGGUAUUCCUUGCGCUAGAGGUAAACCGGACGUCUUCACAAGAGUGCACAGCUAUUUGUCCUGGAUUUCCUGUCAUACCACAGCUACGUUGUGUAAUUUGUAA